AUCGGGUAGGGUGACUGAUAGAAGUUUCCAAACGCGCAACCAUCAUGUCUAAGUAUCGGAAUAUUGUGUGGUUUCUGAAAGCAAUGCAAGAAUACACAAGGGGAGGAUUUGAAACAGCCUCCAAGCACUUUGUGCUAAAAGACCUCAGCGUAGACCUGAGCGGACGCUCCUUCAUGAUCACAGGAGCCAACAGUGGAAUUGGGAAGGCAACUGCAAUGGCCAUAGCAAAGAAGGGUGGGACAGUGCACAUGGUGUGCAGGAACAAGGAGAGAGCCGAGUGCGCCAGAGAGGACAUCGUGAAGGAGUCCGGCAACAAUAAUGUCCAGGUCCACAUUUUGGACCUGUCCGAGACACGCAAGGUGUGGGAGUUCACAGAGGACUUCAAGAGUAAACAUUCAUCCCUGAAUGUUCUGAUCAACAAUGCGGGGAGCAUGGUGAACAUACGAGAGGUGAAUUUCGAAGGUUUUGAGAAGAAUUUUGCCAUCAACACCUUAGGAGUGUAUAUCCUGACCAAGGGUCUGAUACCUCUUCUGGAAAAGAGCAGUGAGCCUAGAGUAAUCACCGUGUCCUCUGGAGGGAUGCUGGUUCAGAAACUUCGCAUCAUAGACCUGCAGACUGAAAAAAGGCCCUUUGACAGCACCAUGGUCUAUGCGCAGAAUAAGAGACAGCAGGUGGUUAUGACAGAGGAAUGGGCUCAGGUACAUCCCAAGAUUCACUUCUCUGUCAUGCACCCAGGGUGGGCAGAUACCCCAGCGGUCGCCAAGGCGAUACCCGACUUCUAUGAGAGGCUGCGUAGUCGGCUGCGGAGCCCUGAGCAGGGUGCGGACACGGUCAUCUGGCUGGCCAUCUCCCCAGCAGCGGCCCGGACGCCCAGCGGAAGGUUCUUCCAGGACAGAAAGAUGGUUCCUGUGCACCUGCCCCUGGCCUGGACUCGUUACUCCCGUGAGAAAGCCCGGGCCCUUAUGGUCCGUCUCGAGGUCCUGGCCAAGAGGGCCCAGCCAAGCACCGGGCGCUCACAGCUCAACAGCCCCGUAGUGGACAUCUCAGGAGGUCCUCAGGACUGCAUCAAAAAGGCUGCCUAAGACCCCUUAGGAAAGCUACUAGAGUACAGAUCAAGGCUAAGAGAGGCCAUAGCAAUGUCUGAAUUUGCUGUUAUUCACCAAGUUAUAUGAUUGCAAUGUCUGGAUUUGCACUGAGAAAUUGGACAAAUAGCAAGAACACCCCACUGUUUAAAAUGCUGCUAAUAUAGGUUACUUAAAAGAAAAAAAACCUCAAGAAUAAAAUGAUUUACUCACCUGCAUGGAGAAGUCUAUGAG